UGUGUUAAUUGAAGGGGAAUUUGUGAAUCGAAUUUGGUAAUUUCUAAAAAUGUCAUAUAUAAUUAGUAUCUUUGUAUAGAGACAACAGUGAAGAAAACACGAGGACCUACACAAUGCUUGAAGAUUCAUGCAAGAUAGUUGGAAGAUAGAGAAGAAAUUACUGUAGAUAGUGAAGGAGAGGCAAUUGGUCCUACUGAUGAAGCUGUAAACAACUUGAGCAAAUUUUUGGGCACAGUGGCAAGGAAUUCAGAUUUUUGUCCAUUAAUUUACACAAAUUGGAAGGGGAUUAAAGAUAAAGAAGCCAUUUGGGAAUAUGUUCAAGUGAGAACUUUAGUCUUGUUUCUUUUUGAAAGUAUUUGGAAAUGUACACAUGUAUUUUAUUCUUACUAGCAAAUAAUAAUUGUGUUUUAUAGGCUAAAUUUAUUAUUCCAACUGAAGGAAAGAGGAUGGUCCUUGCUCGUAUCAAUGACAACUGGAGAAGGUAUAAGACUACAAUAAAGCAAACUCAUUUUCUACCAUACAAAUGUGUUAAUGAGAUGCUGAAAAAUUGUCCUAAGAGCAUACCUGAGAGUCAUUUUCGCAAGUUAAUUGCUUAUUGGAGAACUGAGAAAGUUAAGGCACAUUUGCAAGCUGAGAAUAAAAAGUCUAAAGAAUCAGCAAUUAGAGCUUUCCAAUCCAUAUUUGGGAAAGAGAAGGCAGGAAGAGUGCGAUGUCACGGAAGAGUAACCACACCAACUUUGUUGAAGAAAAAUGAGGAAAUUGCCACCCUUAAGCAGCAACAUGAAACUGAGAAAGCAACAUUAGAGAAUAAGGUUGAUGUGAUGCAAAAAGAAGUAGAUGAACUAAAAUCGCUUGUUAAGAUGAUGCUGCAACAAAAAAGCUCAGGAGUAGACCUUGACAUGUUAGCUGCUCAAUUAGGAAGCACUCUAGGGAAUCCGAACAAUGAUGCGCAUGAAGAGGAAAACUAUGUUGAAGGGGAAAUCGAACUAGAUUAAGGUCAACUUUUUAAAAGCAAAUGUUAUAGGGUAAAAGUCAUGAACUUGUGGACAUGAUGACUAUUUGCUACUUAGCUAUUUCAACUCUCUCUUUUGUUAUUAUAUUUUUUGCAAACUUAGAUGAUAUUGUGGAUCUUACAACAAUUUUUAUAAGUUAAAUUUGAUGGGAAAUAUUCAAUUAUUUUUCUUUAGUGACUUAAUUCAAAUAGUUUAGAUUACUUAUUGACACUAAACAAUUAAAAAAAACCUGAAAUUAAUUUAAU